AUGCCGCCCCUCACCUACCUACAGAAAACGAAUGGUUUCAUUGCAACCCAGCAACCCAGCACCCCAGGUAUAAUCGCCUCAUCUGUGGGCGUCGUUCAUAUUGUUCGAAAGACAAGCCCACAUGUUUACGAUGUCGCGACAGCGGACUAUUAUUUGAGAGAGCUUGAAAGAAAGGCGAAAGCGCUCGACAAAAACACCCGGAAUCAGGCAACAGCAAGCACUAGCCUAGAAACUGAUGUCGCAAUAUCAAACGGAAAUGAUGACGAUGAAGAUGACUUUGAAGAUGCUGAACCUUUAUUCGAAUCCUUCACUCACCUUCGCCUAAAUCGCCCGUCGACAAGCUUCCAGGGACCAGCGUCAUCCGACACCUUUCUUCGAAAUGUGGGAAAAGUCACCGGUCUCGGCGACGAGCACGACCAUCUGGAUAUUGAUCCCAACCUGGGCGAGCCUGUGACGCUGCCCUCGAAAAAACGAGUCUUCACCCCGCACCUUCGCCUGCCCCCUCUACAAGUCGCCCGACGCCUCUUCGCUGCCCAGUACAGUUUUAUCGGUCCCAUAUUUGCUUUUACUGAGUCCAAAGAUGAAUUUGAGAAAUCUCUUUUCAAAGCAUACGUCGGCCUGCCAGACGAGGGGAGUCGUGAAGACUGCCUACAUUACGCGAAACUACUUCUCAUUCUCGCUUUCGGCCAAAUGUACUCGGUGAAUCAGUGGGUAGACUGCCGAGGACCUCCUGGUUUCGCUUACUUUUCGGAAGCCUUGAGUCUACUACCAGAGACGCACGAAGACGGAUCCCUGCUCUGUGUUGAGAUACUUGCGCUGGCAGGGUACUUUCUGCAGAACACGAACAAAAGAGAUGCGGCAUUUCAAUUCAUUGGGCGUGCUCUCAGAAUGGCCAUAUCUCUUGGCCUGCAUCAUGAAGUCGAAGGCAUUUCUGCCAGCUCGAGUUUCACUCCCCAGGAGGUACUGGCCGAAGACGCAGCGAAGGAGCACAGACGAAGAACAUGGUGGUCGGUCUAUAGCCUGGAUCGCAUCCUCUCUGUCAAAUCUGGAAAUCCAAUCACAAUACAAGAUGAAGACAUUGGAGUUUGGCUGCCAUCUCGUCUACAUUCGGAGCCGGAAUAUUGCCCGGCCAUAGUGCUGCGACAAUACACCAAGUUGUCCAGGAUUCUCGGGGAGAUACACAAAAAGAUCUACCACAGAACAAACAAGAACCAAACAAAAUCGGGAAAAACUCUGAUGGCAUCGGUUCAGAAGAUCUUGAUUGAUCUGUCGAACUGGGAAAGCGAGCUUCCGUCUGGGCUACGCUUUGAUCCAGACCGAUUAGUCAUUGGACGAGAGAGUGUGAGCACAUUGGCACAUUACUACCAGUGCAUCAACAUGACAAUACGGCCACUCCUGUUUCAUGUUGUGAAAAAGAGACUCGCCUUGAUUCAAAAAAUACCCGAGGCUUUAGUCAAAGAAACUGACUGGAAGACGGGCCUGUCGCAGACGACGACCUUGUCGGCAAGUACACCACUUCAAAUGCCUACAAGCCUACAUGCUGACCUGGGAACAGCCACUUAUGGAUACAUGGACGGGGAACACAUAUUUUCAGCCACCAUAGUACUUGUCAUGGUCUGCGCUGCCUUUCCAGCAAGCUCUGUCAACAUGUCCGCCAUGAACACCGGGCUUGGACUCCUCUGCAGCAUGUCAGAGCGGGGCAACACUCACAUCGGCGCUCGGUAUGAAGUGCUGAUUCGGCUCCUCUCCACGGUCAUGCCCAGCGGUUAUUCAGUCCCCCUUGGCUCGAUGCCACGGAGUCCGGCGCUUUUCCUCGCGCCACCGGCAGACCCGUCAACAUUGUUGGCCGCGGCGCCACUUGGCGAAUCUGAAAGCACAAUGUCGGACAUGAACACCUAUCCAGCACGAUUCCCAGUCAUUGACAUGCAGACACUCUCGGAGCCAUUCUAUGACGAGGGCAGUACUGCGGGGAUGGACUUUGGGCUUUGGGAAGAGGGCUUCGCGUAUCCGACCAUGGAUCUGGACCUAGACUUGGCCGGCCAGCAGCUGCCAGUGGACCUCACUGGAGACGGUGACUAUGGUCAGCAAACUGCCUCUACACAACGCCCACAAUAG